GCUGGCUCCUCCUCCGUAAGUCAGCGGCUGAGCGUUUUGUUCGCUAAUCUAUUUUUCACAUAGCUAGACAGUAGCGAAAAACAACAGCAAUCAUGUUUACUCUCUCGGAGUGUAUGGUAAUUUUAGCUAUGUUAUCCGCCACAGCGUCAGGUUACUUCGUAAGCAUCGACGCUCAUGCAGAAGAGUGUUUCUUUGAACGAGUCAACUCUGGUACCAAGAUGGGCCUCAUGUUUGAGGUGGCCGAAGGAGGUUUCCUAGACAUCGAUGUGGAGAUCACAGGUCCAGAUGGGAAGCAGAUUUACAAAGGAGACCGAGAAUCCAGUGGGAAGUACUCGGUGGCUGCCCAUAUGGAUGGCACAUACAAGUUUUGCUUCAGCAAUAAGAUGUCCACCAUGACACCCAAGAUUGUCAUGUUCACCAUUGGCAUUGGAGAGGCCCCCAAGGGAGACGGCAUGGAGACAGAAGCCCACCAGAACAAGCUGGAAGAGAUGAUUAAUGAGCUAGCAGUUGCCAUGACAGCAGUAAAACACGAGCAGGAAUACAUGGAGGUCCGAGAGAGGAUACACAGAGCAAUUAAUGACAACACAAACAGCCGAGUGGUGCUUUGGUCCUUCUUUGAAGCCCUUGUGCUGGUAGCCAUGACCCUUGGACAGAUCUACUACCUGAAGAGAUUUUUCGAAGUGCGGAGAGUUGUGUAAAACAUUUUUUCCCUCAAAUUAUUUACUAUUCACUUGAGCUAUUAGCCACACCAUACUUCAAAAUUGGAAAUCAAACAACAUCUG